AUGGUGCUUACGGAUGUGCUUUUGCACCUAGCUUUUGUUACCACUCAGACUGAAUUACUUAACUUUGGGCCUGCUAUAAAAGGGAUAAACCAACCACAAAGGGGGUGGGGGCGAAACAGCCAUUUUGCUUGCAGCAAGAUACAAAUCAAAAAAGAAUAUGUGUGUGUGUCUCUUCUGUUUGAAGGUGGGCUCUCAGCACCAAAGAUGGUGCUAUAUAAAGAAAUAAUCUUUGACGAUUGCCUGUCUGCAUCACUUGGGUAUCGGGUUCUGAAACUGGUUAGCAGGGAAUUCAAACACGGGAAAACAUUUGCAGAUAACCUUUAA